UCUUACCUCGCCUUCCCCUCUGGGUCCCCUUAUAUAUACUCACGCAUCGUCCUCUCUCACCAUACACACAGUCUACAUAUAGCUGUCCCUAGCUUUUUAACGCUUUUUAGUUUUUUACCCAUCGCACUAGGCACUAGCGCUUCCACUCAGCCGGAAUCAUAUAUGACGACGCUCCACCCGGGGGAGUUCGACGCUGACUCCGUCGCUUCCUCCCCUCGUUCCGACCAUUUUCAUGAACCUUUGCUUCGCGUCCGCUUCAUGUGCAGCUUCGGUGGCAGGAUAUUGCCCCGCCCCCACGACAACCAGCUCCGCUACGUCGGUGGUGACACCAGAAUGAUCGCGGUCCACCGCUCUAUCUCCUUCUCAGCUCUCCUUCUCAGGCUUUCUAAGCUCUCAGGCACCACCAAUAUAACAGUGAAGUACCAGCUUCCCAAUGAGGAUCUGGACGCCCUGAUUUCUGUGACGACGGACGAGGAUGUGGAGAACAUGAUGGAGGAGUACGAGCGGGUAGCGCAGAAUCAAAACCCGAGGUCAGCUCGGCUCCGGCUAUUUCUGUUCGUUAAGGGAGAAGAUUCUAGAGCCAAUAGUAUCAGCUCCCUACUGGACGGCUCUGCCAAUCGCGAGAGCUGGUUUGUCGACGCCCUCAACAGCGGCGUAGGUCGGCUCGAGCGAGGCCGUUCCGAGGCGUCUUCCAUGGUAUCUGAAGUGCCUGAUUAUCUCUUCGGCCUGGAAAACUCCGACGAGGUCCAAACCCGGGAACCAAGGUUGAAACCCCGACCGCUCGUCAACGACAGCGUCUCAUGUUCGGAUCCUGGCUCACCCGCUCCGGUUGUUUCAUCUCCGUUUUGCUCCACCUCAUCGGCUCCAAAUGUGCCGUCCAUGCCGAACCUCCAGCCAGUUAAAACCAAACCGGAUAAUCCGGUUCCUGUCAUGGAAUCGAAAGAACAUCACAUUGACGGUUUUCAAACCGGAAAUCCAGGUGGCCAGAUGCCUCACUACCCACCGCAUUCUACUUAUCCUGGUCAUUCUGUACAACCUUUUUCAGUUUACUACAUUCCAGGUCCGGUUUCGGUUCAGCAUGGGCAGGUACCAGUCCAACCGGUUACAAUUCAGGGGCCUUAUGUUCAGCCAUACUCGGCGGUGGUGCCAGGUCAGGUGCCAGCGGGUUAUCAUCAUAUAGUUCCGGGUUCGGCCCAAGCAUUCGCAGGAGGGAUGAGGCCAGUCGGCGGUGCGCAUUCAUACGAAGCGGCUGCGAGGAUUGUUUCAGACGGCGUGAGGCAGCAAGCGUAUCAAGCAGUCCCGAAUUACGGCAGCGCCCCUGUUUAUCCGGUGAUGGCGAUGGCAAGUGGGGACGAAGCGCAGAGACCAGGAGCGGAACACGGCACGGGUCGGGGCCCCAACAUGGAAUGAUUGAACCGCAAUCUGUGCAGCAUGUGAUGAAAUGAAAUUACUUGAAAUUUGUGUUUGGGUUUUAAAGAACACGAAAAAGUAAACAAAAAAAAAUAUUGCGAUUAAAUUUAAGUUUUGAGAAACUUUUGGCAUAAAAUUGCGUAUAUAUUGGAAGAAGAACUGAAUAAUUUUAUAUGGAAGAAAGGUUUGGUUAUGUAUGAGUUGAUAAUAUUGUUAGUGUUAUGUGUUUGGAUAUUGUUUUCAGUAUCCUUGUUCCAUUUUCAUAUAAUAGGAAUACACUUUUUU